AUGAGACCUGAUUUCUUAUUGGUAGAAUAUAAACCCUCCUCAGUUACUAUUGGUCAAUCUCCUGGCAUAAAUACAUAUUGUUAUUGGUCCGACAAGACCGAGAGCAAUGCGACACAGGUCACUCUGGAGAAUCUGGAGCUCGACGCUGCUGGUGAAUACAGCUGUGAGGUAUCGGCUGACGCACCAUCCUUUCACACCGCCAUUGUAUACGCGACAAUGAAUGUCGCUGAAUUACCCACUCAGAGACCUGAAAUACAUGGACUGAGGAGAAAGUACAGGAUUGACGAUACACUUAGGGUUAAUUGUACUUUAGGAAGAAGUAAACCUGCUGCUAAUUUGACGUGGUACGUCAAUGACAGACAGCCACUACAAUCUCACGUGCGCACGUACAGUCCACUUGAUACAAAUGAUUCAGAGUGGCAGAUCGCACAAACUAGCUUGCAAUUUCUCGUAACGCCGGACCACUUUAUGUCGGGGAAGCUCAAGAUCCGGUGCAGCGCCUCGAUAUACGAUAUAUAUUGGCAAAGUACUGAGGUGAGCGCGGAAGAAGAGAGACCGAGAGUUAUACAAUUGGAGCCAGCGGCAACUAUAGUGGGCAUCAAUUAUCUUCAACCUCCCCCGAACUUUCAGACUGGCCAACGAAAACCCGAUGGACAUCUUGACGUUAAAGACAUCGAAUCUUCAUCGUCGUCAUCGUCGCCGUCAUCCCAAGCGAGACUACGAGGGUCCUGGCAAUUUAUUUUUGAAUUGCUCGUAUUCCUACGACUGGCUAUCAACGUCAUCCAUUAA